GGAAAAUAACUCAAAUUAAUGAAGUAGAUGGAUGUGCAGCUACAUGUCUUUGAACAUUCAUAUUAAUGUUGUGUUAAGCAACAAGAAACUGUAAGGAGUGUGUCGAAUAUGGGGUUGAAUAUGAUGUGGGUUUUUCUUCUCUUCUGUUUCUUAACUGUGAAUUCCAUUCAUGGCGACCAUAUUGGCUCCACUUUAACAGCCCACCCUGUUGAAAAUCCACAAGGAAUUUGUGCACUUUUUGUGUCGGGCAAAGGGCACGACUGCCAGGAAUUCAUGGUUCCUACAGAAGAUGGGUUUUUACUGUCAGUUCAAAGGCUGACAAACGCCAAGGUUCUAACAACUGAUAAAGAACCUGUUUUUCUGUACCACGGCAUCAUGCAGGGAGGAGAAGGAUGGGUUUUUAAUGAGCCCUAUCAAUCAUUAUCAUACAUGCUUGCAGACUCAGGUUAUGAAGUAUGGAUUGGAAAUACCCGCACUACACUUUACACCUUCGGCCACAAAACCUACAAAAGAUCUGACGAUGCCUUCUGGGACUGGACUUGGGAUGAUCUUGUAGCCUAUGAUCUCCCUGCAAUGUUGCACUUUGUCAAUUCUAUGACUGCAAAACCAAUUCUUUACAUUGGGUUUUCUCAGGGAGCCAUGACAGGAUUUGCUGGAUUUACAGACAGAAAACUUGCAAGCUUGGUGAAGAAAGUUGUCAUGCUUAGUCCUGUUGCUUAUCUAGACCAUGUUACUUCUCCUUUAUCAAGAACUGCAACAGCACUCUACCUCGAUAAGAUGUACUUGGCACUAGGCGUCUACGAAUACAAUACAACAAACUCACAAAAUGAGCAUAUUCUAGACUCGGCAUGCCAAACUCUCAAUAUAAGCAUUGGGACUUGCUAUGAUGAUAUCAUCAACCUAAUAACCGGACCGAAUUGUUGUCUCAACGAAUCUAAGAUAGAAUACUAUAACAAAUACAGCUCACAGGCUACGGCAUCAAAGAAUAUAGGUCAAUUGGCUCAAUUAAUGAGAUCGGGCAGAUUUUGCAAAUAUGAUUAUGAUCUGACGGGUAAUGUUGAGAAAUAUGGAAGCCCUGAACCUCCAUCGUAUGAUCUAUCACUGAUUCCAGUCACUUUGCCAUUUUUGAUAAUUCAUGGGGGAAAUGAUAUGUUGGCAGAUGUGGAAGAUGUUAAACAUGUGGUCAGUGAAUUGCCAGGCAAAGUUGAGGUGCACUUAAUGGCAAACUAUUCUCAUCUGGACAUGAUAUAUGCAACUUCUGCUCAUGUUGAUGCCUAUCCUCUAGUCCUCAAAUUCCUGGAGAAGUAGACAACGUAUUAUUUUCUGUCAUAUAAACUUUAGGAAUAGGCAUUAUAUGCAGUAAUGUAGAAGGCAAUAAAUAAGAAUAUUGAACACUCUUUUCUACUUUCAUAAUAUAUGUAUUUAUUAUUAUAUUUGAUGGCCUUCCUCCCCUGGGUAGGACAAUGUAUUAUAUGGAAAGUUAUUGAGCGUUUAAUUAAAUAUAAUUGCUUCUAAUGUUAAA